CUGUAAACUUUUGUGAGUGUUGAAUAGCUGUUUCGCUGUGUUCAAGCACUUUGAGUUAUUGAAAUGAAUUUUCUCUUCCCCUUUUUCCAUCCCAUAGCAAUGAUUUCACCAUUUCUCUUUUUGGCACAGCGUUUCCAAUUUCAGUAACAUAAUAACUCUUGCUGCUAUAAGUAUAACCCAAGUGCAGACAAGCUCAUGAAGAAGGGAUUAUUGGGUUUCUCAGCUUUGCAUCAAACAUGGCCUUCCCUUCUUGCAUCUGCUGCCCUCUCUCACUCAAGGUUAACCGCAUUGAGCGGCAGAUUAGGCUUCAGCAUAAUAUUCCAGAAGAAAGAUUUGCUUCUUCUGUCAAAAACAUGAGCAUCAAAGCUUUUGGCCAUCAGGGAAGAAUGGGAGCUGACUUACACUAUGACUGGACUCUUCUUAGAGGAUCAAGAGUUGUGCUUGCACCAAAAGUUUCAACUCCUACUCGCUGUAGGAGAAGCUUUGGAGUACACGCUUCAUGUAAUAAAUUUUCAGUCUAUUUACUUCUUAUUAUAUAAGUCGUUUUUCGCUUAUUUCUUUUGCUUGUCCCAAAGAUUUUCUAGAUCUCAUCAUAAUUGUUGAAUUUCAUUGAUCACAUGCUAUCUAUCAUGUAAUUGCAACAUCUUUGUCCAGUCCAUCUUGUUUGUUAAGCUCCUUCAGAAGAAAAGGGUAUACAAAACCAGAAAAUACACGCAUUCUUUUCUAUUGUUUUCUCUAGGAUUUUGACAAUUUACUUUUUGGGGGCUUUAUUUUAGAUGCCUUCAUACAUCUGCUUUGUAGGAGUUUUUAUUCUUAAGUAAUUUCACGUACUGCUCAAGUAUUGGCAACAUUUAUGUGCUUGAGAUCCCAUCUUUUGUGUCAGUUUUCCAAUCCUAUAGUGGAAACUAGUAUUUAUCAGAAGGAGAAAAUACAAUGGAGAAAAGGCAUAAAAAAAAAUUAAAAAAACUGAAAUAGUUUUAGUUUAAGUUUCUCUAUUUCAUUGUAGGUAUGAAAGAUAGCUCUAAAGUUCUUCCAUUUAUUGCAAUACCCUAGUUAGAAUUCUUAUGCCUCUUUUGUUCUAAGUGUGGUCUCAUGAGUGGUGAUAAAAGUUAUGAAACAAUGAUUUUGAGCAGUGGUUUAAAGUAGUAGUUUAAAGAUGUAAAUUAUAUUCCUCUCUUCAUUCCUAAACUGUAUAUGCUAUCACUUUCAUGCUCUUGCUUUUACAUCUUCAGGGUUGACAACUUAUCAAAUUGCUAGUAAUGCAUUUACCUUAGGAACAGCAGUUGUUCUCCCAUUCUAUACUCUGAUGGUUUUUGCUCCUAAGGCUGAACUAGUAAGUUUUAUGAUUACCAGGGAGUCUACUUCCUCAUCAUUCCUUUGUU